CCAUAUCGGUUAAAACACAGCGGGACUGUAGCGUACCGCCGCAAUACGUUGACGGAAGCUCCGGUGUGUGCACUUGGCUUGCUGAAUACUCACUGCUGUCUCUCACAGAUGUUAAUACAGACAUCACAAUCCAGUCCUGCUGAGGUCAGGUUGAGCACGCGGGGCUCUCGUGCUUCUCUCCUCUAGAGAUGGAGCGCCACAGCAGGUGUGCACGCGACGAGCUUCUGUUCUGCGCUCAUGAGCCGGAUCUCUGGCUGCAGCAAAGCGAAAGAGCGCCCCAGAUACAGAUAAGUAUCAAUAGAACAGUUUGAUAAUUGUCAGUUGGCGAACCAGCACUGAGGAAAAAAAGUCAUGAUAAUUAUAAUACAACGACAUAAUGUAAACCGGAACCCGUUGCAAGUGGCGACAUGUUGUCUGCAUACAUUCAAAAGUCCAAGCGAAGACAGGCGGAAUCGUCCACGAUUCUAAGGAAGCUGUGGGACAAAGACACUCAAUGAACAGUUACUCAGUACACUAGCCGAGGAUAAACUUUUUUUGCCCAUUUAGCUAUUGACAUGUUUAUUAAUCGGCAGGUCUCAAAUGCAGUCACGAGUAAACACAAUUAUUUUCCCUAACACAUAGGAAAAUAAUGAAAAAUGCUGAUGUUUUUUCUUCUUCAAAAUUUCAAUAAAAAACAGUACAUGUUAUUUUACUGUAAAAUGUAAUUUUAGAUUGUUUACAAUGUUAUUAUAGCUAAUUAAUUGGAAGGUGCGUUGCCAAAAUUCAAUGCUGAACCAUCACAUUUGUUUGGAUUUUAUUUUUUUAAAGUUAGGAGUUCAGGUGAUUUACAUUGCAUUGUAUGUUGUAGUUGCUGUUUACUGCUUUAUUCUGGUGUCAUGUGUGUUGCACUUGUGGUGUUUUUAUGGUUAAACUGGGCUCUGUCUUUGUUAUUAUUGGCCACAAUAGUAGCCAUCAUGUGCCACCUUCCAUUGUGCCACCUGUGCUAUUAUCCAUAUAGGUAACAGUAGCAUAUAACAAAAAGAUAGUCCAGACAGACUGAUAUAUUAAUGACGUAUAACCUAUUUAUGAUCAAAAUUCCAUCCUGUUUGCAUGUAACAUCGCCACUGUAUUUUUUACAGUAAAGCAACACUGUACAAUAGCCUACUCAUUCAAAAGCAGCAUAAGCACCAUCUUUUGAUAAUAAUUUCAACAUUUAAAUUAAAUAAAAAAAAUAGCAAAUGUUUUUGUUUUACAAUGUAUGAAAAUAUGAAUUAUGAAAUAUGCAUCUGUUUUAGUGACUGCGGUCCAGUUAAUGUUUCAGCAGAGAUACCCUGCAUCUACUAGCUAACUGUCGGCGACCGAAGAGUUAAAGGGAGGAGACGAAGCGUGUCACGCCUCAUUGGACAGAUUAUGUGCAGCAAACAAAAAGUGUGUAUGUGGGUGCCACUCAGUCAGUGUAUCGGCCCCAUCUGCACGCCUCUCUGCGCUCGCGAUCAUAAGACGGUCGGCAACACUGUCACUUUCAACAGACGGGGACAUGUACUGACUGCACGGGCUUCAUCGGAGACGCUCAGCACAUACUUGAAGAUAUAUUGACGGCAAUUGUGACAUUUUGUGGAUUAUUUUAUCCUGGUAUCAUGGUGAGUAAAGACAAUUUUGCAAUAAAAACAGCCGGAGGCUAGUAGCCUAAUGCACGGGGCUGUAGCCUAUGCAGCACCCAGCAGCAUCCUCGCAACCGUCUAGAAAGCUCGCAGAUGGUAGACUAGAGAGGGAAACUGGCUACACAUCAUAAAGUCAUAAAGUUGGAAUAACAACAAGACCGCAGAUAAAAAGCGCAAUAAAUUUUAGCCUGAAAUAAGGUCAAUGGGUUCGUCUCCUGUUUUAGAAAUGCGCAUAUAUUCAUGGGUCUAUUAUAGUAUUUAGUUGAAAUGCAUAUUCAUUGGGUCCUUUGUGUGAUUCUAAGGAGUGAGACUGCGACCUACAAAAGGAGAGGAUCGUGAAAAGAAGGGCAAAAUUCACACUAAGGCUUGUUAUGGAUGAAGGGAACUUUAAGCAUUUGUGUCUUGAUAAUACAAUCGAGAGCCUGACGUGUCUUUCAGAAAUAGCCAAACAUCUUCAUCAUAAGUAAAUUGUCAUUUAAACGCUUUGCAGAAAUAUGUGUUUCAUAUUUCCACAAUUUCAUUGUAGUUUUUUUUAAGCACGUCAGUGUCCUAACCAUAGCCUACUUUAUUUGAGCGAUAAAUACGAAGUAGCAUUAGAUAAAAAGAAAAGAAAAUAAAGUCUGCUUUAUAACCGAAACCUAUACGAUUUUGUAAAUGUAAUACGUUUUAAAAAACGCGUCUGAAAAACAGCUUCAAAAUGUAACAAUUCGAGCUGCGUUUUACCUGAUUUGCAACUAACUGCAGUAACAACAUUUCCAUCCACUCUUGUCCUUGUGUAGAAAUAUUUUUUUUAUUGAGGUUUCUUUUUGACCUCUUCAAAAAGCUGAGAAAUCAUGUGAAAUCCCAGCAAUAUGCCACACUGUUAGUAGCCUAUAUGUUAAAACUAUAAUAAAACAAUUCGAAACAGAGAUGAUCGACAACAUGGAAUAGACUGUAUAUAUUAAAUAUUUCCCCGCCGUUUUUAAAUGCUUCUAAAACAAGUUGCACGAGUGAACUGCAAUUCACGCGUAACAAAAUAGCUACGGGACAUUCAGCUCAUUUGUAAAUGUGCAUCAGGGGUUUGGAGAAGAAAAAUAAUUAACUCCGCGUGCUGCCUUAAUUAAAGUCUCAGAAGGAAAGUGGUGGAUUAUGGUAAUAAGGAGACAUACGUUCCUUCUUGUAGAAUGGAGCUAAAGGUUAGCUGACGUGAAAUCGGUGACUUUGACAGCGCUAUUCAAUCCAUUCGAUACGGUCCUCGAUGGUAAAAUAGACCGAGCGCUCUCAUAAGGCCAGAUUUUCAUCCUUGUCAAAGGCAUGUAAAAUAUCUCCAACAAGUGAAAGAAAAAUCUGAAAAUACGCACUGAGAGUUACUAAUGUAAUACUUUCAUAGUCACGCUUUAAAAUCGAAAUAAUGCACUGUAAGAAAUGAUCUUUUUUCGAUUACUUUCUCUGCUUUUUAUAUAAUUAAUACAACUUAAUUUAAUUCUACGUUUACAUUUUUUAUAUAGGCUAGAUUAUAUUUUAAAUGACAUACAAUAUAUAACAGUUUCAAAAAUAACAACACUAUAAAAAUAACAACAAUAUAUAGGCCUAAUUUAUAACUAUCGAAGGAACAUAGCUUUAAAUAAACAAACAAACAAAGCACGAGCCUAAGUAAGACUGCGUGCUUUGAGAUUUUAUUAAACGUUGUUCCGGAGAUUCACUUGGAAUUGCACAUAAGAAUUAGGAAAAAUAUAAAAUAUAUUUACAUACAUUUUAUAAUUGAGAAAUAGUGACUAUGCGCGGUUCUGUUUAUUCACAUGAAUUCACACACUUUUUUGUCUUACAGCAAAUGAUGGAGGAAUCCAGUUCGCAGAGACUGGGCUGGGAUGGCGACGCGAAAGCGAUGCAGCAGUGUUUAACGGAUAUAUUUACCAGCGUGUACACCACCUGUGACAUUCCAGAAAAUGCCAUUUUUGGCCCAUGUGUUCUGAGUCACACUUCACUGUAUGACAGCAUCGCCUUCAUCGCUCUCAAGUCCACAGACAAACGAACGGCGCCUUACAUCUUCAGGGUGGACACCUCCGCUGCCAACAGUUCCUCAGAAGGCCUGAUGUGGCUGAGGCUGGUUCAGUCGGCGAGAGACAGAGACGAGCAGAACCUAGAGGCCUAUGUGAAGAACGGCCAGCUUUUCUACAGGUCACUGAGGAGAAUAGAGAAAGAUGAAGAGAUGCUGGUGUGGUAUGGCAAGGAUCUCAUUGAGCUGCUGCUGCUGAGCUCAAGCAGAAAUCAAGCCAAAAGUAAAGGAACAUCGCCCUUUUUGUGCCCAGACUGUAGCCAGCGUUUCCAGUUCGAAUUUCCCUUUUUGGCUCAUCUAAGAUUCCGCUGCACUAAGAGACUACAAAGCAUGGCCGGCCCAGAGGAGGAGGCCACGGAUGCCAGUAACCAGGCUAGUCUACCUCCUGCCAGGUCCAGUCCCAAACUGGGCCGAUCUGAUGGCUUCUCCAAUCCACAGGAAGGAAAGCCAUCCACAGACUUCCAUAAUCUAGCCAGGGAUUUGGAGAAUAACAGAACCAGUCCGCCGAGCAACAAAGAGGCUGAGAUCCUGAGCGAGAGCUCUGGAAAGCGCAAGUUCUCUGACAUGGAGGACAGCAGGAACAGUGGAUUAUCUCAGCCUCUCAAAUCCAAAGAGGAGUUGGCCAACUCGGCGCAGCAGUACCGCGGAGCGUACGGUCUGGACGAGGGCAGGCGGGCUUUCUCACCCUCUGUUUCAGAGUCGACAGAAACCAAGAGGAGCGCCUUCACCGAGGUCAAGAAGUCACCUCAGAGCUUGAAGCACAGCGGUAAAAACUCCAGCUCCAAUUCGGAGAACAAGGAGGCUGGCCGGUCCAGCAGCAACCCGGCUGAAAAGCACCUUAACAUCAGACAGGUUAGGUUCUCAGCGAGACUCAGCCCCCGCAGUCCCGAAUGGAGACCUCUUCAAUUGGCAGCGCUUUCACUUCGGUGCCCCAGCAGGGUGGUGGGGGCUCGGAGAGAAAGAGUGCCUUUAGCCAGCCGUCUCGCACCUUCUCGCAGCUAUCACCUCUUGUCAUGGCACCCAAGCUUCUGCCGGCAGUUGACUGCCAUCCUGCGGUGGGCAACACCGUCUCUUCCAAUAGACUCUACCAGGCGGACCACCUCGCAGCGAAGCUCCAAGGCUCAGAACUAGGCAGUAACUGCCCUGUGCCGGGUGGCAUUGCGAAACAGAACCCUUUCCUAUACGCCACAGCCUUCUGGCCCAAGACCUCAGGCCCCAUCCAGCUGCAAAUGCCCACUGCUCUCACGCUCCUGCCCCCUUCGUUUACUUCCCUUUGUCUG